AGAGCAGCGGCAAUGGAUCUCCUCUUACAAUUACCAUCAUUGAAGCUUGUUGCAAUAGCUCGGCAUGGCAACAUCAGUAGUGACUUGGAUGUAUCGCUUAGCCUACGAUCGUUCUCAAUCUGCCUCUAUAACCCACAUCAGCCCUCGCCAGUAGAUGCAUUUGCACUAACGCUGGAUAAACUUAUUAUUGGCGUUUCGCGAUCAGCGAUACUGUUGCGAGGCAGUACAAAUGUCAAGAUCACUGGUGCAAUCAGUAUAGGAUUAGCGACAUUUUCGUACGAUAUGCGACGAUUGUCUGAACUGAUCGCGUUCCCAAGACCAUGGUACCGUCGGGCUAUAGCGCGUCGCUUGUUGCUGGGACGCACACAGCAAUCAUCCCUAAAUGCAAGCGAUUAUCAUGGUUACUUUUGA